AUGACCAACUCCCCGUCUAACAAAAUCCCUGGGCAAUCCCAAGCCGAAAUUGUGACGAGCUCCUCGCAUCCCCUCAGUGAAAUAAUCCAGGAUCUCCCCAAAAUCAAAAAUUCCCACCAAUGGGAUCCCAAUUUGCCACAGGAAGAGGUCGACGCCAUCAACGAGGCCGUCAACACCGACGACCAGGAAAAAGCAGCAGAAGUGGACAAGUCUUUCCUGCAGGACUCACCAUAUGAAUCUGUUCGCGCAGCCGUCAGAAGUACAGACGGGGGGCAGGUGGCAAACACGGUGCGCGCGUGGGUGCUGGGGAUGAUCUUCGUAACCCUGGGAAGUGGGUUGAAUAUGUUUUUAAGCAUGCGGUGUGUUCUGCUGCAGGGAAUGGCUCGGGCCCGAGCUAAUAGAACCAGGAGUCCUGCAAUCUCGUUUCCGGCUAUUGUUGUACAAUUGCUUGUGUAUCCGGUUGCCUGUUUAUGGGCGAGAGUGAUGCCGACUAGAGUGUUCAAUACCUUCGGUUUGAAAUGGACGCUAAACACGGGGCCUUUUACAAUCAAGGAGCAUACAGUAAUCACGAUUAUGGCAAAUGUCUCCAUCGGAUAUGCAUAUAGCACAGAUGCUCUUCUGGCUCUCAAGGCAAAACCGUUGUAUAAUUUGGAUAUUGGCUGGGGUUUCCAGCUUCUCUUCACCUUGAGCAGCCAGUUAAUCGGUAUUUCGCUAGCGGGUCUUUUCCGUCGAUUCCUGGUGUGGCCUGCCGCUAUGAUCUGGCCCGGCAUGUUCGCGAAUUCCUCGCUAUUCUACGCUCUCCACGACAAGAGUACGUCGGAUGCAUCCGAAACCAAUGGGUGGACUGUGUCGCGAUAUCGGUACUUUUUAUACGUCAUGCUUGGGGCUUUUGCAUGGUACUGGAUUCCUGGCGUUCUCUGGCAAGGUCUAUCGGUUUUCGCUUUCGUCACAUGGAUCAAACCAAACCAUGUAGUCCUCAAUCAACUCUUUGGAGGCUUCAGUGGUCUAUCGUUGAUUCCAAUCACCUUUGACUGGACCUAUGUUUCUGCGUACCUUCUAGAUCCAUUGCUCGCACCAGUCCACGCGCUUCUCAACACGCUCAUUGGACUGGUCGUAUUUGUGAUCAUCGCCACAAUAGGCAUUUCCUAUACAGGUGCUUUGUAUUCCGACUAUCUUCCCAUAAACACCUCAACCACGUAUGAUAACACCCAACAAACGUACAAUGUGUCCCGAAUUCUUGGACCAGGAUUUUCUUUCGACGAGCAGAAAUACAAAGAAUACUCGCCUAUGUUCUUGGCGCCAACCUUUGCUCUGAACUACGGUCUCUCCUUCGCGGCGCUGACCGCAGCAAUUGUUCAUGUGAUUGUAUUCCAUCACAAGGAGAUAUGGUAUAGAUUCAGGACGGCGCAGAACCAAGAGCCGGAUGUCCAUCUUCGUCUGAUGAAGAACUACAAAGAAGCACCUGAAUGGUGGUACGCGGCACUGUUUCUGCUGUCCAUUGCUCUAGGACUGGCUGGAAUUUUGUCCUACGAUGCACAGACUCCGUGGUGGGCAUUCUUCGUAUCAAUCAUCAUUGCUGUGGUAUUUAUUAUUCCGACUUGCAUGAUCAUGGCGAUCACCAAUAUCACACUUUCACUUAACGUCAUUUCACCCUUCCUCGCCGGGUUCAUGAUCCCCGGGAAGCCCAUCGGUGUGAUGAUCUUCAAAGUGUUUAGCACAAUCACCCUCGGACAAGCUCAAUCAUACUGCCAGGAUCUCAAGUUGGCACACUACAUGAAAAUCCCACCACGAACCGUAUUUACCUGCCAGGUCGCGGCCACAAUCUGGGCCUGUUUCGUUCAGGUGGCCGUCAUGAACUGGACACUUGCAAACAUCGACCAAGUCUGCACUCCGCCGAGCAGUGACCAAUCCGCACAUUUCACCUGUCCGAACGGGAAGACGUUCUUCUCAUCAAGCAUUGUCUGGGGUGUCAUUGGUCCCAAACGCAUGUUUGGGACGGGAGCAAUCUACACCUCUAUCCAAUGGUUCUGGCUGCUCGGUGCUCUCCUCCCUAUUGCAUUUUAUAUUUUAAUGAGAUUCUGGCCUCGUUCUCCAUUCCGAUUCUUGAAUGCUCCUGUAAUGCUCGGCGCAAUGGCCUGGCUUCCGCCAGCAACCCCUCUGAGCUUCUCCACCUGGGCCAUGUUCGGUCUGUUGUUCAACUACUUCAUCCGUCGUCGCUGGCCCGGCUGGUGGCACACAUACAAUUACAUCACGGCGGCAGGGCUUGAUUCAGGACUUGUAAUUUCUACCAUCAUUAUAUUCUUUGCGAUCACUUUGCCCAACGUGUCGAUUCCGAAUUGGUGGGGAAAUGUGGCCGUUUAUGAGACUACGAUACCUACACCCACCGGAACAUACUGCCCGACUCGGUUGGAACAUUGGACCGACUGCCCAAGACAACUCUCGAAAGUUUACCGCUCUGUCUACAACUACUUUCACUCAGAUUCAGGAGCGACGCCUCGACAGUUUCCGUCUUUGGUUGUAUUAAACGGCAUAGGCCGAUGCCUGGUUCGCGAUCCACUCAGCAGCGAGCGGCAACUUAAUGCCUACGAGCGGUUUGCCGUGGAAGACUAUGUCCAAGACGUAAUUGCCGAGUUGUGCAAACUCCCAGCGGCUCGAAACGAAUUCGGCCUCGGCGAUGGAAUCCAAUUCAACGGCCAUACAAAUCCCUUGCGAGAGGCCGAAGGUCACUCACGGCCUGAUCAAUCCUGUAUUCACCGGGUUGACGGCAAUACCGCGGCCCUUCUUACCUCCGUUGGGUAUAAGCCACCUCAUAAACUUCCUGUUACAGCCCUUCGCAUGGGUCUUCGGCCAAGGGACUUAUGGAAGGACAUGGUCAGGUCAACUAUUAUAUCCACAGACCAGGAAGCGAAGUUGAAGGACAACGCAGAACGGCUGGCCUGCUCUGCUAUCGUCCAGGAGUACCACGUGAUGAUUCAAGAAGGUCUAGAAUACUCCUAUCUGACAAAUGGAAUUACUCGAGUUCUACUCCGUGUCCCGCAUGGUGAGCCAAGCACGCUUUACUACUACUUCUGUGAUCCGAACAGCGAAGUGAACCUGGACAGUGAAUCUAUCUCGGAGCUAUCAAAGACUUCGGUUGCACGGGUGCUAUGCCUUUGUUUGAUGGCAUUUCGCUCACCUAUUCGUGGGCAAGAAUGGAGAACCCGUUUGCGCCAAGAUAUCCCUAUUUGGCAGACAAACUUUGAGCACAGAGAUUCGCAGAUUCCGAAGGAAGACUUACAGCAGAUUCUCCACUUCGAUGGUAGAAACCCAAGUUUUCUGAGUCCAGGAUCUGGUUCACCCUAUGAGCCAUCAUCAUCACCACCGCCACAAUCUCCAUCAGAGGAAUGCCGGGUGCCUACACAGCCUCAAACUAGCUGUGCACGGCCUCCAGAAUCUUCCGGCUCCGAUGCAAACCAGGCAACUGGUCAGCAACGCAGAUACAGUCAAAUCAUCCCCUCACCGUUCACGCAGUUCUGUACACAGCGAUGCUUACUCGGUUUGCAGUCUAGGGGUAUUUUGGACGACCUUUGUCCAAAUGUAGCACACCAUCGCCUGGGCCAAGUUGACCUUACUCGGCAUCCCAUAUCUUCAAAGGACUUGGUGAACAUGCUAAAAGCCCAGCUUGGCGAAAAUAUAGACCGCUGCAUUCCCUGUGGCCAUUGUGGCCAUUGUGGCUCGUAUGGCGCUCCGUUCAAGCUAACCUGCAUAGAAUAUGGCUACACUGUCUUGGGCAAAGGCACUACGUCUUGGCUGUGGGAAGAAGUCUCUCACGAAGCGCAGGUUUGCCGCAUCCUACGGAAGGCAGGGGUCCGCCGUGCCUGUCUUUCUAGGCUCGAUUGA